UUUAGGACUAGCUAUGCUCCUCUGCUCUUCUUCCUCCUCUAAGCACAUUGCCACCAGGAGGCAAGCCACUGCCCCUUUAAAUGCAUCCUUUUCCCCUCCUCCUCGGCUGAUCGAUCCACCAUUUUCCAAAAAGGAGCUAGCAAUCCCACCUGGAGAAGGAUUAUUUUGGGGGGAUUUAUCGUGAUUUGGAGAUAUAUUCGGAUUACAAAAGGAAGAAUCUAGACUUGGACGAGGAUCAGGCACUGAAGGGGGCAGUGCCACUGGAACCCCCCUCCUCCCUGCCUGUUAGACAUGGCUGCAAACAUGUACAGGGUUGGAGGGUAAAUCUCUGUUUGGGCCAGGACUGAAUUAUAUCACUUGCUACACUCACAGGGGGUAAAAGAUAUUUUAUCUUGGGGCAGAAAAGCUCCUAAGAUUAUGUCUACUUUGAAAACUCUUCAAGUAACCCCUACUUGAUACGAAGGAUAGAGGAACUUAACAAGACUGCAAAUGGAAAUGUUGAGGCAAAAGUCGUCUGUUUCUACAGGAGGAGGGACAUAUCGACUACACUCAUAUCUCUAGCAGACAAACAUGCCAGGGAAAUGGAAGAAGAAAUGGAAAAUCCUGAGAUGGUGGACUUACCUGAAAAGCUGAAGCAUCAGUUGAGGCACAGAGAACUGUUUCUAUCACGGCAGCUUGAAUCCUUACCAGCCACACACAUUAGAGGCAAAUGCAGUGUUACACUCCUUAAUGAGACUGAAUCCCUAAAAUCCUACAUGGAACGAGAGGACUUUUUCUUUUAUUCUUUAGUUUAUGAUCCACAACAGAAAACUCUAUUGGCAGAUAAGGGAGAGAUUCGAGUGGGCAAUAGAUAUCAGGCAGAUAUUAUGGAUUUACUCGAAGAGGGUGUGGCUGAUGGCCGAGAACAAAUUAAUCUAGAAACAAAAGUAUGGGAAGCCAGUAACCCACUUACAGAUAAACAGAUUGACCAGUUUUUGGUGGUAGCACGAUCUGUAGGCACGUUCGCCCGUGCAUUGGACUGCAGUAGUUCUGUCAGACAACCAAGUCUACACAUGAGUGCGGCUGCUGCUUCCAGAGAUAUUACACUGUUUCAUGCAAUGGACACACUCCAUAAGAAUUCUUAUGAUAUUUCCAAAGCUAUUUCUGCACUUGUCCCUCAAGGUGGCCCUGUUCUAUGCAGGGAUGAAAUGGAGGAGUGGUCUGCAUCAGAGGCAAACCUGUUUGAGGAAGCACUGGAGAAAUAUGGCAAAGACUUCACAGAUAUUCAGCAGGAUUUUUUGCCAUGGAAAUCUCUGACCAGCAUAAUAGAAUAUUAUUACAUGUGGAAGACUACAGACCGGUAUGUUCAACAGAAACGCUUGAAAGCAGCAGAAGCAGAGAGCAAACUGAAACAAGUGUAUAUACCUAACUAUAAUAAACCAAACCCAAAUCAAAUAAAUGUGAAUAAUGUCAAACCUGCAGUAGUAAAUGGGGCUGCUGUGCCAGGUCAGAAUAUGGCGGCAGGACGGGCCUGUGAGAGCUGCUACACCGCACAGUCUUAUCAGUGGUACUCCUGGGGACCACCAAACAUGCAGUGCCGGCUUUGUGCAUCAUGCUGGGCAUACUGGAAGAAAUACGGGGGCCUCAAGAUGCCCACAAGACUGGAUGGUGAAAGACCAGGCCCAAACCGUAACAACAUGAGUCCGCAUGGUCUUCCCAUGAGAAAUAGUGGGAGUCCAAAAUUUGCUAUGAAGACACGACAAGCUUUCUUUUUGCAAACUACAAAGCUUACCAGGAUUGCCAGGCGAUUGUGUCGCGACAUAUUUCGUCCUCGGUAUGCUGCGAAACAUCCAUAUAUGCCCAUCAACAGUGCUGCUAUUAAGGCUGAGUGUACAACACGGCUUCCAGAAGCAUCAAAGAAUCCAUUGAUAUUAAAGCAAGUUGUUCGCAAACCUUUAGAAGAAGUAAUGCGAUACCUAGAAACACACCCCUGUCCUCCUAAGCUAGAGACUAUAAAGAACAUUUCAACAAGUAUCAGCAACAGUCUGUCUCCUGCCAAGUCUUCUCCUGUUAUUAAUAACGGAUCACCAACAAUCCUGGGAAAACGCAGCUAUGAGCAGCAUAAUGGCAUGGAUGGCACCAUGAAGAAACGCCUGCUGAUGCCUAGCAGGGGUAUUCCUAACCACGGACAAACCAGACAAAUGGGACCAAACCGAAACUUACUGCUCAAUGGGAAAUCUUACCCUGCAAAAGUCAGGUUAAUCCGAGGUGGGUGCAUGCCUCCGGUGAAGAGGAGACGGAUGAACUGGAUUGAUGCUCCCGAUGAUGUUUUUUAUAUGGCUACUGAGGAAACAAGAAAAGUCCGCAAGCUGUUGUCAUCCUCUGAGACCAAAAGAGCCGCACGUCGUCCUUACAGACACAUUAUCAUUCGACAAGCUCAGAUGGGACAGCUCAUCCGACAACCAGUAAACGAUGAACCCAUUGUCAUAGAGGAUUGAGAAGCCUAUCAGGAUGCAAAGUUUUCUCCUCUCAGAACUACCCUUCUUCGGAAGUUUUCUCCUUAAAUCUUGACUUACUACAGUGUUGACCUUUGAAGACGAGAAAAAAAAAACUUUAUGAAGAUCUUUGCAUCGAAAUGUUUGUGCUUUGAAGAGGCAUCAAACUCUAAAGACUAGUUUACCUUUUGGUUUAUUUUUGUUAAUCUAUUCAUUCCCUUUAGGUUGUAGACCAGUGGAAUAACAUUUUUUUUUCUACUUUUAAUUUUGGUUGUUUUGUUAAUCUGUUGUGAGCCAAUAGGAAAGAAAGUAUGUUUAACUUAUUUAAGGGACAUAAAUUAGAAUCUUUUAGAAAUUUCUUAACAUCAAUGCAAUUCUUAUUAGGUUUCUUAAACUUUUUAAGCUAAAAAAAAGGCUCUCACUGCUAAUGCCUUUUGUUUUGACUCACAUUCAUUUUAUUUUUUUGUUUUUUGAAGGUGCCAUUUUAUUUUAUAUUGUUUUUGUAGAGAGAAAUAAAAAAUCUGUAUCAAUAGUACUGUGGAACUUUGCAGCAAGACCUAAAUUCUUUUGUCGUCCCUGAAGACAGAAGGUGUAAAAAGGUUUUCUUUUUUUUAUCAUUUCUUGGCCUGGUAAGUAAAAUAGAUAAGGUUUUAACUCAGGACACAUUUGUCACAUUUGCAAGUUGCAUGGACUAUUUAGCCAGAAUUUGUUCAUCUCAACCUAAUUUGGAGGCAAAAGUAUUUUUUCUUUUUUAAAUCUGUAUUUUGCUCUUCUCUUUUGACUGCAGUAGAAAAACAUAGUGGCAAAUAAAUAAAAGGCAAAAUUAAUGAUAUUUUUAAAAAGAAAGAAGAAAAACAAAAUUUUCCUGAGAAAGAAAUGAACCCCCUUAAAUGUAUUGGUUUUUCUGUUUUCUGUUCAAACAAACAUUUUCUUCUCAUUUCUAGUAACUAGGCACACUAGCCUUUUUAAAAUUAAUUGCAGUGGUUCCUAAGCAGUCUAUGAUUUCAAGAUAUCAUAGAUUGCAGUCUUUAAAGGGACAGUCAAAACCAGAAUUUUUGUUGUAUAAAAAGAUAGAUAAUCCCUUUAUUACCUAUUCCCCAGUUUUGCAUAACCAACAGAGUUAUAAUACUACACAUUUUACCCCUUUAAUUACCUUGUAUCUAAGCCUCUGCAAACUGCCCCCUUAUUUCAGUUCUUUUGACAGACUUGCAUUUUAGCCAAUCAGUGCUGACUCCUUGGUAACUUCAAGUGCAUUAGCUCAAUGUUAUCUAUAUGAUACAUAUGUACUAAUGCCAUCUAGUUGUGAAAAACUGUCACAAUGCAUUUAGAUUAGAGGCGACCUUCAAGGUCUAAGAAAUUAGCAAAUGAGUCUACCUAAGGUUUAGUUUUCAACUAAGAAUACCAAGAGAACAAAGCAAAAUUGGUGAUAAAAGUAAAUUGGAAAGUUGUUUAAAAUUGCAUGCUGUAUUUGGCUUGACUGUCCCUUUAAAUUGCUGAUCAUUGUAUUACACUGCCAUAUAAGCCUGGUCUAUUAGACUUGUCAAUAACAUUUUUGGUGCCCCUUAAUUCAGUGAUUGCAUCAUAAAUAUUUUAGAAGUAGGUAAGAUAAACAAAUUAAUCAUCUACCAAACAUAACCAUUGUGAAGGUUAUGUGAGCUUUUAAUUUAAAUUUGAGAACACUAUAAUUUUUUAUUUCUCAGUAUAUUAAACGUUAUUGCUGUUAAUGCACUUUUUCAAACAGAGACACAGUUAAGAACCUUAUCAAGAAAGAAAAGCAAAUAUAGCUAUUUUAGAUGUCAUUUCAUUUAUUUUCUUAAUAUGUAGUUUUCAAUCAUAAUGAAAGACUCACUGCCUUAGUAACAUAAUGAGCGAUGGUUUUUAUUUAUAAGUUGGAAUUAUCCGUAAUAAUUUUACUUGCAAACAUUCUGUUAUUUUCUACUGUUUGCAUGUGACAUCAUUAUAUACAAAUGUUGUUUCCAUUCUUAUUGAACAAAAAAAAAAACAUUUCUAUGACUUUUCAUUUAACCUACUGCUUAUUGUUACUAAGAUAAACCAAUGUUUUUUUCGUUGUUUAAUUUACAUUUUAAUUUAUCUUUAUACUAAAUGUCUGUAAGGGAUUAUUCGCAAGGUGUUUCUUUCUGCCCCCAUCGUCUCCAAUGUUAUAUAAUUAAAGGGACAUAAAACCCAUUUUUUUUUCUUUCAUGAUUCAGAAAGAGAAUACAAUUUUAAAUACGUUUCCAUUUCACUUCUAUUAUCUAAUAUGCUUCAUUUUCUUGGUAUCCUUUGUUGAAGAAGCAGCAAUGCACUACUGGGAGCUAAUUAACACAUUGGGUGAGCCAAUAUCAUGAGGCAUAUAUUUGAAGCCACCAAUCAGCAGUUUCUGAGCCUACCUUGGUAUCCUUUUCAACAAAUGAUACGAAGAGAACAACAUAAAGAUAAUAGAAGUUAAUUGGAAAGUAGUUUAAAAUCACCUGCUGUAUCUGAAUCCCGAAAUAAAAAAAUGGUUUCAUUUCCCUUUAAGGAACAAAUGGCUGAUAAUGGCUUUGCAAUGUUAUGAGACAACUUUGCACACAUACUUCAAAGUAAAGUGAGACUUGUACUAGAAGCCAAUCAAUAUAACAUGGAGAUUUCAUUAUAUUUUGCUUCUUUAGUAUUAGUUUUAUGGACUCUUUGUUAAAUUACUUAGCAUAUGUAUAGAACUUCAGGAUUUAAAGGGAAAUGCUGAUGUAAAAAUGAAAUUCCUUAAUGUAUUUGGGAUCAAGCAUUAGUGCAAAUAUAAAAUGCUCCAACUGUUUCUUCUUACCUCCCACAAAGGGUUAAACACACAAAGUCCUGCAGCAGCCUUGUUAGUGAGCCAGUGCUGAUCAAGAUGUGGAUUUUUAUUGGCUGCAUGUGUUUAACAACGCUCUCUUAGUACUCUUUAUUGAAAAGCAGGAAAGUACACUCGGGAGCAUGCACGUGUCUGUAUGGCAGCAGUUUUGCAAGAAUGUUAUACAUUUGGAAGACCGCUAGAUGCCAGCAUUUUUUCCUGCCAUGUAGUACUCCAGACAUGUUCACGCUACCUACCUAGGUAUCUCUUCAACAAAGAAAACAAUGAGGAGGAAGUAAAUUUGAUAGAAGUAAAUAGAAACCUUUUUUAAAUUGUAUGCUCUUUCUGAAUCAUGAAAGUAUAACUUUAGGUUUUGUGUCCCUUUAAAGGGACAGUAAACACCUUGUGAUUACAAGGCAUUUCUGUUGUGUUACCUAUAGAAUAGCACAUCAGCCAUGUGUAAACAAAGUAACACAUUUCCAAUAGCCAAACUCUACCCACACAUUUGCCUUAUUUAAAGGAGCCAAUCCGGGCUUGAGUAUGCAGAGAACAAGGCUGGCGACAGUUAUAUUGUUAGAGUAGAGUGCCGUGUUUUACAGCUAUCUGUUAAAGCCAAUUGUGGAAAGAUUUGCAGCAGAGUUAGCCUUGUCAGCAGGAUGAAUUUCAAGUUCUGAGAAAAUUAUCAAUUCUCAGAGCUAAAUUACAUGAAAAGGGAGGCAAAAUAAAUAAUAAAAAAUAUAUUGCAAAA